AUGGCCAAAAGUAAACAAUCGAACGCAACAGCAUCUUCCAAUGGCAAAGCUACUACCCAUUGGCUUUUCCAAGAAUAUGAAAUCACGAUUCGACCAAUAACUUUAUUAUCGUUGUUAACAAUAAUACUUGCUGUAUAUUCUGUAUAUUAUACUGGGGAAUAUCGUGAAAAAGUUCAGCUAUGUGAACCGUCGUUAACUGAAGGGAAGGACGAAAUCACAUGGAUUGAAUUACCACGCGCCAAACCAACUGAUAGUUAUGCUUCGCUUAGCAAUGGAGCAUUUGUUUUCAGACGUAUUUAUAUGGAUGAUUUUUGGAACGAGUUUUGGGUUGAACCGAUUAAUUGGCCGGAGUUUGACGAAGGAGCGCUUUCACUUAUUGAAAGAAACAAUCUUCAAAAAAGUAUUUUUCAGGCUAAACACAUCCAGCCUAAUGUACUCAAAACCGUACUCAAUGCUACUGAUAAGUAUACCCCAAAGGUUAAAGAAAUUGAAUUGGCUGAUAAGAAUGGCACUUAUAUCGAUGAUAGAAGUAUGUAUGUACGCUGGGUGGAUGAUAACUUGAGAUUCGGUUUGUUUGCGGGACGUAACCUUAGGAGCGGAGAAGUGCUUGGCGUAUACGCUGGCGAAUAUGUGAGCGACAACAGGCAGGAUUAUGAUUAUGCUUGGGAAUACAACUAUCUUGUUCAGUUGGAAGACGAAAAUGAAAAGCCCGCAAGAUUAGUUAUUGAUGCCAAAUACAAAGGAAACUACUUGCGCUUUGCAAAUCAUAAAGACGUUGAUUAUAAUGGAGAUGCGACUUAUAUAAUUUAUAAUAACAUGUGGCUCGUGGUCUAUGUUGUUAAUAAUGAAAUCAAGAUGGACGAGCAGAUCUUUGUUAAUUAUGGUGAAGCCUAUUGGGCGGAGAGGACAAGAUAUUAA